AUAUCUGUAUCGAGGGGAAAGUUCUACAGUGAAAAAUUCGUCCAGAGUUGCAGCCAAAAGGCCACAGCAAAAAAAAAAAAAAAAAAAGCGCAGUAUAUUGCAAUUGUUUUAGUCAAAUUUAAAGAAAAAACAAACAACCAUGUCCGAGUCGCAUUUUGAUGAGUACGAGCACUACAACUUCGACUAUGACAAGCACAUUUUCUCUGGCCACGGCGGCAAGCAGCGCUCCAAGAAGGAGGCCAGUGUGCACACCAACCACUUCGACCCCUCCGGUCACUCCAGAAAAAUCCUAACCAAACUGAUGAACACCAACACCAACAACAUUAAGAAGGCCUGCAAAAACUGAUGCAGGGCUGCCGCUAACGCGGAAUCAAAGAAAGGAAAGGAGUUGAAGAGAGUAGAAAACGAAGAAAUAAUCGAAUUUAAGUUACUAAAAGGCAAACGAGAAGAAAGGGCAACAAGAAGAAAUUGAAAAUCAAAACAGCGCAGCGGGCUGUGUCGCAGUUGCGUUUGGUGAAAGAAAAGAGAGUGGAACGCAACAGCCACUGGAAAUAAAAGCAUUGCAUUUCCAUGAAGCAGGCGAAGCAGCGGAAAAAAAAUUUUGUGAAAAUUAUAAUAAUUUUACUUGCUUAUAACUUCACAAACAAAAAAAGAUUACUCUUAGCUUAAACUAUUUGCUAAACUUAAUUCAGACUUACAAUUUCUAGUUAAUAAGCUAUAGUGAGUUUCACAUUAUGAAGUUUGAUUUAGAUAUUACAUUUACAAUAAAGAGAAACACAAUAC